AUGUUGGACUACUUGCUUUUUAUGGUCCAGGAGGAGUCAUCCAGAGGUCGUAUUGUAGACGUUUGUGCGUCUCUUGCAGUCUUGGAGGAUGCUGGACAGGUUCCACAGGAGUUCAGAAUUUCGUCAUGCAGGAUCUGGCUGCAGGCAACCAAGUCACGACUGGCGGAGAUUGAGACAAGCGGCACAGAGGUCAGAAGGGCUCCACCGUUGACAGUUGCCAUGAUCAUUUCACUUGAGAUUUCUGUCACCUCUUCUGACAAACCUUUGUAUUUGAGAGCAAUGUCAUGGAUUGUUUUGAUUUGCGUUUGGGCCUGCAUGCGGAUAUCGGACCUCGAGGGAUUGGAUCCAAGGAGGUUGUCAUUGAACAGUAGGGGUUUUCGUGGUUUCUUGACCAAGACGAAGACCACUGGACCUGGGAAGAAUGUGAAAGAGGUGCCUAUUUUUAUUUCGAGGCGUGUGUCAGUGACAGGCUUGGAUUGGCUCAAAACUGGUUAUGAGAUUUGGCAGGAGUUUGGAUUGCUUCAGAGAGACUAUUUCGUGUUUUGUAGCAAGAAGGAUUUCUCGGCACCGUCAUUUCGGUAUGCAAGCUCAGAGAAGAUUGCAGUCAUGGUCAGACAGGUCUUUUCCAUGUUGCAGCAGCCAUUGAAAACUAGAUUUCAACCCUGGAGGGAAUAUGAGGAAUCCAAGCUUCUGCAUGAGGACGGAGCCUUGUUUUGGUCAGGUCAUUCAAUGCGUCAUUUCCUACCUUCGAUUGCAGCUGCAGUUGGAGUUUCGAAGGAACAACGGGAUUUUGUAGGAAGAUGGCAUGUCAACCUUCAUCAGAGUUCAGACUACAUUCAUACAUCAAGACAGAUUGUCAUGGAAAUCCAAGAGAAGGUCAACCGAUCAAUUUGUGAGGGUGGACCUGGUUAUGAUGAGAGCGAAGUCAUCGAGGAGUAUGGGGAAUUCUUGAAAGCAAGAUCGGAAGAUCCAAUUGAAUGGAAACGUAGACAUCAGUUCAUGAAACGAUCAGAUGAUGGCCCCUGCUUAGGUGUGAAGUGGCCUGCCUUGCCAUCGGAUUCUCUUGACGAGGAAGCCUACAACGAGGGCGCACAGGUCGGCGAUGUGUCAGAGCCCAAUGAUGUCUCAGUUGCAGACAGCUGUGAAAAACAAGAUGAGAGCGCAACCUUCUUUGUUUCAGUUAGUAGGAGAGCCGGAUUCAGGAGAUUGCAUAGAGUCAAUGGCUGUGGAAUCAAACCAUGGGCAUGUCAGAAGGUGGAAUGGAUCAAAGAGGUCCGUGAGGGUUGCGCGGACGCCGUUUGCAAGAUUUGCAAGGUCAAAUUAGGAAAGGAAACCGAAAUUGAGGGGCCGAGCUCAUCAGGGUCUUCAUCCUCGACUGAAGAGGGGAAAGAGGACUUGGCGUUGCAGUCAGACUUCAACUUGCGUGCAGAUUCGGUGCAGGGCAGAGCAGCAGUGGCUUCUGUGGUUGCAGCAUGGGAUACUGCAAAACAUGCGCAUGAGGAGGAGAUCAAGAUACGUCAAGAAGCCAAAGGAGAAGAAAUCUCCGAGAAGGACCAGCCUUCAACUGACUAUGUGGCGAUGCUCUUGGAAGAAAUAGAACAAGACGAAGUUACAGCUCACCCACUGGAUGAAAUUGUGAGCAGAAGGGACUCUCAGCAGAGGCCAAAAGGAAAAUUACCAGCAAAUACAGAGGAACUGCGACAGAAGCUGCGUGUCGAGGGGAAUGCAUGGUUGAUGGUUGCAGCCAAACUUCGUAACAAGGUUUAUUUGCGGGGAUUACGACAGCGGCACUUUGACAGGUAUGUGGACUACCUGCUUGGCGAGAAAUGCUAUGGCAUGAUGAUCCCCGGCCCUGGGGGUGAAAAGGUGCCACUGUCCCCUCCAUGGCACAUCAUGCUUGACUAUGAGUUCGAAUUGAGGAAGAAGGCGGUGAGAAGGGCACACCGUAAUGGGAGGCCCCUGCAUGAGACCUUGCAGGAAGUGACAGAGGACACGGAGAUCAAGGAGCUCUACUUCACCUCACCGGUGACCUUCUCGGCCAUGCAGAGGCCAUCCAAGUUCAGCCGUGUGGAGGAGCCAUCAGCACGUUUUGGAGAAGGAUUGUCUAUGCUUUUGCUGGGCAUCGCCGAAGAGCUGAUGUUCAUGAACACCUUCAGCCCCAGGCCAAUUCGAAGCCGGGAGCAUCCUAGAGGCUUCCCGUGGCUAUCACAGAAAGAUAAAGUCAAAGCCGAUGAGGGCACUCUUUUGGCAGAACGCACUUGGGAACUCUUCAACCUAGCCUCUGAUGUGGGCGCAUUUUAUUUGGGGGAGUUCCCAGAAGACUUGGGGGCCACAAAAAAUGGUAUCCCUGCAUCCAUUUGGCAGAUGCAGCAAUUUCAGGAUCUUCUAGUGCUACCUGGUUGCAGGACCUUUGCAAUAUUCCAGUGCGAGUUUGGAGCUGAGACGCCAAAGCCAACACGUUUUGUCAGCGACUUGAGGUUUUUCGAAGGUAACAUUUUCCUUGGUGCCCCACAGUUUGAUAAAGCUUGGAAUUACAAGGGCCCCUUGCCUUCACAGUGCCCACAUGGCGGCAACCAUCCUCAACUUAUCGGCACCAACGAAAAGGGACAAUGGAAAACAGCUCCAGCUGCACACUACCCUGGAGCCAUGUGUUUAUUCAUUGCGCGGGCCAUCGCAAAGACUUGGGCAGAUUCAUCCUCCGCUCCGAAGGGGUCAAAAUCUACGGAUGUGCAAGCGAUGGGCGUCAAAAAGUUUGGCAGUGCAGAUCCGUCCCAUCAGGGGGGCAAGGCAUUUUCAGAGGCUUCAAAUUCACAUGUCAGUGCAGUUUCAGAUGUUUCGUUUUCUCAGGGUGUCGUUCCAGUUUCACAAGUUUCUUCGGCUGUUUCAGUGGCUCCAAAACUUCAUGUCGUUUCCGAACCUCCAUUUUCUUCGGAUGCUAGCGCAGCUAAGAGUCCUCCAACCAAUUCAGUUUCUUUGGAGGAGGUGUCAAUUGAGCUGAGUUCAGAGACAGAAAAGCCUGUGAAAGGACGGGCCCAUACAUUAGAGGACGAAGUGAAGAUUGAAUCUGGUUGCAUGGGUCCACCGUUGACUGCAAGAUAUGGUGGGAAGGCUCAGCCAUUUUGUGAUGGCAUGGGCUUAUGCUGUCCGGGGCGCUGGCAUCCAAAAAUGAGACAAACGAACCGCACGACGGAACAGCUUUCUUUUUGCAGGAGUUUGAGAAACCUGGUGGAUGAUUUUUGCAGGCAACAAUUGCCAGACAUGGCGAGGGCCACCUUUGCAUUGGCCUUGGGGAAGAUGGCGACUUCACCCUUUAGCAAAGGGGACUUGGAUGGUUUGCGUGAGAAGUGGUUUGCUUUGCUGCCUGACAGCGGCAAGGCGAGACAAGUGCCUCCAGGGCAGCCCUUUUGGCUAUUUGCCCUAUCUCAGUCCUUGAGGCUGAUGGGUGAUCCGGACGCAGAUAUAGUUGACAAUUCUCCUGGUUCCAGUUUUGCGGAAGGAGUUCAUCUAGGACACUUGGAACCCCUGGGACCUACACCCCAGGUUUACAGACCCAGGGAGAAGGAACCGUCAUACGACGAAACUGAAUGGAUGGCCGAGGUUGGAAAUUAUUUCAGAGGAGAUGAGGCGGCCGCAGAGAAGAUCUUGGAGGAACAAUUCCUUGAAGAAGAAAGGGCAGGUAGGAUGUGUACCCUUUCUGAGAGGGAAGCGGCUAGACGCUACCCCGGCCGUUCUCUUAGAGUGGCGGCUCAGGGCAUUUUGGAGAAGCCUGACGGUGGGCACAGAAUCAUCCAUGACGCAACGCAUGGAGUGAGAUUGAACAACGAAAUUGUUGUCUUGGACCGCCUGGAGAACCCUGGCCCCCGAGAGCUUGCUACAAUAAUGGAGGUUUCUCAGGAUUCUGGCGAACAUGUGAUUUUUGGUUUGAACGCAGACGUGACAAAGGCUCACCGAACUUUCGGUGUUGCUUCAGCUGCUUUCUGGUGGUCGAGACUGAUGGCGCUUUUGGGGCGUUUUGCAUUCAACCUUUCUGAACAGGACUGGUUAUUUGUGCUGGUUUUCGUUGAUGACCUCCACCUGGCAGCUGGUGGACAGAAUAGAUGGUUGGCCAUUUGGAGAUUUUUGGUGGCGUUGGAGAUGGCAGGCAUCCCCUUUUCUUAUCCAAAAUUCAGGGGAGGAUUUCAGAUGGAUUAUGUUGGUUACUGGAUGGAUUAUUCCCGGUUCGAACUGGGGCUUUCAGAAAGAAGGGCCAACUGGCUUGUCAAGUUUGUGGAGGACCUUCAGUCGGAUGGUUGGCUGACUGGUGUCAAGCAGUUUCAGGAAUUUCAUGGCAGGCUUGGUUUCGCUAGUCAGGUCCUACCUUGGAUCAGACCCCUUUUGGGACCUGGAUAUGCGUGGCUCACGGCAGUUUCAAAGGGGACCACUUUGAAGGUUCCGGAACUCUUGGCCACCACUUGCAUCUUCAUCAAAGAGAAGUUCAAAUCUGGUUUGAGGAAGUUGCCUUGCGGAAGCAAGGAGGUGCAUUUGGGCGAGGUGUUUCGUACAGAUGCAAAAUGCGCUGAUGGGCGCGUGGUGCUUGGAGGCUGGAAGCUAGGAAAGUCUUCAGACCCUAGCAAAGCUCCGUGGUUCGCCUUGGAACUGAGUCCGGAGGAGGUACCAUGGCUCUUCCGAGGACAGAGCUCUUCAUGGGCAAGCACAUCUGCAGAACUGCUUGCGUCCGUGGUGGCAUUACAGAUUUUUGAUGUGGGAUCGGAAUCUUCAGGCAGAGCUGCACAUAUCCUUCAUUGUGGGGGAGGAACGGAUAACAAAGCUGCAGAGUCUCUUUCCACCAAAGGACUCAGUACGAAAUUUCCUUUGAUGAUUGUUUUGAUGGAAUACCUUGCUAUAUGUGAACGGAAACGCAUGCGCGUGCAGCUUGAGUGGCGUCCCAGGGAAUCCAAUGUGGAAGCCGAUGAUCUCACGAAUUUGGAGUUUGGAAAAUUUGAUUUGAAUAGACGCAUUGAUGUUUCCUGGCGUGAUUUAGAUUUCCCUAUGAUUGAGAUGUUGAUGAAAUUCACCGAGGCCUUUGCAAAAAGGAAAUUCGAAUCUGCAAAUCAAUUGAAUGCGGGCCCCACACAGAAGUUUGCAAAAACGAAGUGGGGAUGA